AUGCUAGGUGCCAGUGAAGGGCAAAACAUAGGAAGGAGUGCCAGCAAAGAUGAAAUUCAGGAUUUGCAGAAAGCAAUGAAGUUGGCAUUGGCUAAGAUUUUUAUAACAGUGACAGUGAUGGAAAUCCAUUGCAGUGCACUGGACUUCAAGAUUUUAAUUUCAAUGCCAAACAUUUCAGUUCCAUUUAGCGCUGGCAGAAUUGGAGCAGGGACUUUAAUCGCACUGGACGAAGUCAAUGAAGAUCCAGUCCUACUUGCAGGUCAUCAUUUGGUUUUUGACUUUGUGGACGAUGAAUGUGACGCAGUUAAAGGAACAGGGAAAAUUGUAGACUUAAAAUGGAGAAAUAACUAUAGUGCCUUCAUAGGACCAUCUUGCUCUUCGGUGUGUUCCCAUGGAGCCCGACUAGCAGCAUACUGGAACAUUCCAGUGAUUAAUCCUCUCUGUGCUGAUUCCGAAUUCCUUAAUAAAAAGGAAUUCUCAACGUUGACCAGAGUGUUUGGACCUUUUACCAAAAUGGGAAAUUUUCUUGUUAAAAUCUGUGAGAACUUUGGCUGGAGACGAAUUGGAAUCAUUGCUGAAGAUAUCCCAACCUGGUCUAUACCAGCAGAAGGAAUCAAGUACACUGCACAGCAGCAAAAUAUUACUUUGACAAUUUUUAAAUACUUUAAACUCAAUGUGGGUAGUUACCUCAAUACUUCAUUGUCCUUUCCAAAUCUCAUUAAGGAGGUAUCAUCAGUGUCACGCAUUAUCGUAAUAUUUGCAGAAGGAGAAUUGGUGAGAAGUUUUUUAAUUGAAGCUCACAAACUUGGUCUGAUUAAUGGUGAAUAUGUAUUUUUUUGCUUUGAGCCCUACUCUCAAAAACAGACUUUUGGCAUUUUUCAUUGGAAAAGAGGAGAUCAAUAUGAUGAAAGAGCAAAAGAAGCUUUUCAGGCCUUGUUCAUUCUAUCACUUUACAAACCUAAUGAUGAGAAGUACAUGAACUUCUCAGCUGAAGUUAUCCGAAGAUCAAAGGAAACCUUUGGAUAUAUUUAUGAACCGGAUGAAGAGGUCUCGGUUCUGGCUGCCAUUUCACAUGACUCAGUGACGCUGUAUGCACAGGUUUUGCACGAAGUUCUGGAAGAAGGGAAGGAUCCUUACAAUGGCUCUGAAAUUACAGCCAGAAUGAGAGGGCGAAGCAUCACAGGCAUCCAAGGGGAUGUUACAAUCGAUGAAAAUGGGGACCGAGAAUCUGAUUAUAUGAUGUAUCAAAUUCAAAAUGAUGAAAAUGGAUCCUUUGUGGUUGUAGCUAAAUACUUUGGAAACAAGAAAACCUAUGAACAGGUUCCUGGAUUUCAAAUAUUAUGGCCAGGAGGAAGAACUAGUGUUCCACUGGAUAUUCCUAUGUGUGGAUUUAAAGGAGAGUUCUGUAACAACCAUCAAAAAGGUGCAAACAGCAUCAUUAUUGCAGCAGGAGUAAUGGGCUGCCUGUUUGUCAUUGUUACAGUUGCCCUGAGCCUGAUUUACAGAAAAUAUAAACUUCAAGAGAAAGCCUCAAAGAUGCUCUGGAAAGUUGACUUUAAUGAUCUGACCUGGAUACAAGGGAAACAAAAUUCUUCAAUGUAUAAGCUUUCUCACUACACAGUGAAGUCCCAGAAUGCAUUCUCGGAGACCAAUAUGGGCAACAUCACACAACAGAAAAUAACUAAAACAGCUCUUUACAAAGAAAACACAUGCUUUGUUCGAUACUUGCACAUGAAAUCUAUAAACAUGAAUGAAGACUUGCAUGCUGAAUUAAAUCUGUGUAAUAGUCUACAUCACCCCAACAUCUGCUGCUUCACUGGUGCAUGUGUGGAUCCCCCUAACCUCUGCUUAUUAACAGAAUAUUGUCCAAAGGGGAGUCUACAGGAUAUUUUAGAAAAUAUGUCAAUUAAGCUUGACUGGACCUUUAAAUAUUCUCUCAUGCUGGACAUUGUACAGGGAAUGGACUACCUUCACAAGAGCCCCCUCAAAUCACAUGGUUACUUGUCAUCAUCAAACUGUGUGGUGGACAGUAGGUUUGUUUUAAAAAUCACAGACUUCGGACUUAGUGGGCUCAGGAGACCACAUACAGAAGCCAGUUUAAAGACUACUGCCUGCUAUCAAAGUUUACUGUGGAGAGCACCAGAAUUACUACGAGAAGAAAUGCCAAGAAAUGGGACGCAAAAAGGAGAUGUAUACAGUUUUGGCAUAAUAGUGCAUGAAAUUGUAUAUCAAAGUGGAGUCUUUUAUAUUCCUGGGUGUAUUCUUCAGCCACAUGAAAUUGUUGAAAAGAUAAAGACAGAGUACAAUAAUCCCUUCCGACCCCACACUGAUAAAGUGGGUUGUCCUCAGAAUCUGGAGAAUUUAAUGAAAUCCUGCUGGAGUGAGAAACCUUCUGAGAGACCUGACUUUUCCAUUUUAAAAAUAUCAGUGAAGAAAUUAGACCCUAACAUUGAGUUCAGAGGAAGUGAAAACAUUCUAGACAAUCUUCUGUUACGCAUGGAGCAGUAUGCAAACAAUUUGGAAGAGCUGGUGAAUGAGCGAACUGCAAAAUUUCUGGAGGAGAAACAGAAGGCAGAAAGUCUCUUAACACAGAUGUUGCCACAAUCAGUUGCCAUUCAGUUGGUUGCUGGGAAGACAGUAGAAGCUGAGACCUACGACAAUGUUACAAUCUAUUUUAGCGAUAUAGUUGGAUUUACCUCCAUAUCUGCCAGCAUUACUCCAAUGCAGGUUGUUGAGCUGUUAAAUAGCCUAUAUACAUACUUUGAUAACAUAAUUGACCAUCAUGAUGUAUACAAGGUAGAAACCAUAGGUGAUGCCUAUAUGGUGGUAUCGGGCCUGCCAAUAAGAAAUGGGGAUGAGCACGCCAAAGAAAUAGCCCGUAUGUCUUUAGCGAUAUUAAAUGGUGUUAAAGAUUUUAAAAGCAAACAUAUCCCAGGCCAUUCGAUAAGAGUUAGGAUUGGUAUCCAUUCAGGUCCUUGUGUUGCUGGAGUGGUUGGUCUGAAGAUGCCACGGUAUUGUUUAUUUGGAGAUACUGUUAAUACAGCUUCACGCAUGGAAUCCUCUGGCUUGCCUUUGAAAAUUCAUAUUAGCACUUCCACAAAGGAACUCCUUGACAAAUUUAAGAACUUCAAGUAUGAGCUGCGAGGUGAUAUUGAGAUAAAGGGGAAAGGAGUUUUAAGAACAUAUUGGCUUUUAGAAGAAUGUCAUGAAGAAAAUUGCCAUUAAAGAUGUUUCUGCAGCAUACCUGAUAUUUAAGACUUAAGAAAAUGUUCUGAAAUGUUUUUUACAAAAACUGAUAUUUUUAUAUAUUCUUAGAAAGGAUACAACACUAGGAGAAUCUGUCUGGUGACUACUACUGUAUUCCUCUAUGAUGCAAAGCAUGCAAAUUAUA